AUGGAUGCGUUGAAGGUUGUACUGGUUUUGGUGGAUGCAUUAUCGAUUGUGGUUGUGGAAACGGUGGACCAUGUCCUCCUGCUUGCGGUGGUUGUAGUGGUACUGCUGGCUGUACAUGUACAAAUGGCCUUUGCGGCGUUCCUUGCGGUCUGUGCAGUGAGUAUGGAGGUGGGCGUAUUGAGCUUCUGCGAUCCUGAUAUUUCUGAAUCUAAUGGUGACCGUGUUAAGUUGCAUGAUUAUAAGAUGUCUUUGCUUAUAUAG